UAAGAGGGAAAUCCUAAAACUAAGAAUUAGUGGUGUGAAUUUAAGAGCUCUUGACUGUACCAGUACUUUGUCCAUCUUUGAUCGUCCAGCUUCACUGCCAAAACACCAAUCAUGAGGACCUCCAUUUUGCUUCUCCUUUGCAUGUUCGCCUGCAUGGUAGCGAUGCAAACAGUAUAUGCUGAUGACGAUAGUGAAGAAGCUGACGCUGAUGGAGGUGCUCAAGAACUCACUGAUGGCGAUGCGGAUGCUGAUGCCGAUGCUGAUGCGGAUGCAGAUACCGAUACCGAUGCUGACGCCGAUGCUGACGCCGACGCUGAUGCCGACGCUGAUGCCGACGCCGAUGCUGGGGACACUGCUGACACAGCCGACACCGCCGAUACGCCAUAGACUCUGAAAAAAAUGGAGAGAUUACCGCACAUCCAUCCAA